AUGGGCAACGUUGUCUCAGUCUUCUCACCCAGUAACGGUCACCAGCUUGAGGGUUCUGCUGCAGAGCUCGAACAGAAGCUGGCCGACCGUGAGGAGACCAUCACUGUCCUCGAGGAGGAUCUUUCCAAGAAGGAGAAACAGUACACCUCCCUUUCCGAGGAGGCCGAAGACCUGCGCAAGAAGAUCCAGGAGCUCGACACCCAAUUGACCUCGACCAAGCAAGAGAACAAAUCACGCAUUGCCACUCUCGAGUCCGAGCUCGCUACCAGCAACGACAAGAUCAACCAUCACCUUCAGGCCAACGGCGACGCCAACACCCAGCGCGCCCAGGAACUCGACAACGCAAACAAGAAGCUUGCCGCUCUCCAGGAGCAGCUUGAUAAGGUUCAGCAGGAGAAGAAGACUCUCGAGGAUGAUCUCGCUGCCGUGAAGGAGCAGCUGGCCGAAGCCAAGAAGGAGCGCGAGACCCUCGAGAGCGCCUGA